UUCCUCCCUAAUCCUAAUUAGUGUUGCUGACAGAAGCUUUGGUCGUUCCAUGAUCUACCAUUCAACCCAACCAAUUCCACGAUCUAGUUGAACACAACUCCACUCCACUUUCUCAACAACCAAACAAACAAUGUUUUCUUGUGAAUCAAUCACACUCUGUGAAUCAGGGACGUAACAACAACGAAACUAAACCAUGUCAAGGAGCGUGGAAGAGGAGAUCAAGAUCAACAGCGAUGUGGUUGAUCUGAACUGCAACGGAUACGACACCUUCCUUGUCGUUUCGUCGGUUCUGUUCAUCGUGUAUCUGGUGGUGCGCGCCAAGAAGAACUUCAGGAGGCUCUUUCAUGGUGGCUCAUACAUUUUGAUUUCCUAUUAUGCCCUCCUCUGGCUUGUUACCCUUUUGAACCUCGCUUGGUCUUUUCUUCAGACAUGGCAGUGUUCUCCCGGAAAGCAGGUUGCAUGGAAUCUCCUGUCAUUGUUUACGACAUCUGGUAUGCUAUGUCUAGAGAUAAGCUUGAUGGCUUUCUUACUAAAGGAUAACUACAUGAAUGCCAUGGAAGCUCUAGCACACACUUUCAUUGUAUCAGGAAUUAUUGUCUUUGUGGAUAUCCUUCUUAAGGCAAUCUAUGUUUUUGGAUUUGGGGUCCCAUUGUUCAAUAAUGAUGUUGGAAGCACUGAUACAAUCAAGUGGUGCUUGUGGAUAGUACAUAAAUUAUUGCUCGCUGCAGCAUAUGGCUUCAUUUUAUUUGUACACUUCUCUAAAUGGAGAGAAAAGCUGCCUCCGAGGCCAGCUUUUUACAACUACGUUGUUGUGAUGUUUGUCUUCAGUGCUGUUACUCUGUUUGCUUGUGGGCUAUCAGGAAUUGGCGCUGGCCUUGGCAGUUGGUUGUAUAAUCUUACUGUGCUUUGUUAUCACUCAUUAUAUCUUCCAUUUCUGUAUGUAACUUUUCUAGCAGAUUUUUUCCAGGAGGAAGAUUUCCUUUUGGAUAACGCAUAUUACUCUGAAAUGAAAGAUGCUGGAUUCUUUGAUGCUGAGUGGGAAUAAUUCCUCAGCAACUUCUAAAUGGAAGGAAGCAAAAUCAUCUUUUGUUCUCUGCACUGUAAAUAUUUAGACUCUCUAACUAAAAGUCAAGUGAAGCUCUGCUCCAUCAACUUCUUAAUGAUAUGUUGAAUCUGUAUGACACUAUGACCCUACAUCCUCCUUUGUAAUGUUGCUAAAGGAAUAGUGCUUUCGAACUCCAUCAUAUUUCUAUCAUCCAAGAAUACAGGAAACAAGAAACCAACUGGUGCUUGAAAAUCAAAA